AUCUCUUCUAUACACGUACAAAGUAAUAAAUAAAAACUUGAAUUUAUAAUUUUGUUCAGUGACGGAUUAAAAAUCAAGAACAAUGGGAGAACGUAAAGGCACAAAUUUGUAUUAUCCACCUGAUUAUGAUCCUCGUGUUGGAGGACUCAAUAAAUUUCUAGGUACUCAUGCAUUACGUGAAAGGGCACGUAAAUUACACAUGGGCAUCCUUAUCAUUAGAUUUGAAAUGCCAUAUAAUAUAUGGUGUGAAGGAUGUGGCAAUCAUAUAGGUAUGGGUGUUCGUUACAAUGCUGAAAAAAAGAAAAUUGGAAUGUAUUAUAGUACACCUUUAUAUCAGUUUCGUAUGAAAUGUCAUCUUUGUGACAAUCAUUUUGAAAUAAAAACUGAUCCAGCGAAUUUAGAUUAUGUCAUAGUAAGUGGUGCAAGACGUCAAGAAAAUAGAUGGGAUCCUAAAGAAAAUGAACAGGUUGUACCAGAAACAAAAGAAAUAUCUUGUAGAUUAUAUGAUGAUGCUAUGUAUAAGUUAGAACAUGGUAUAGAUGAUAAGAAAACAGCAAAAUCACGAGAUUCUUCUUUGGAAAACGCAAUAGCACUAAAUGAUGCCACGUGGAAGGAUGAUUAUACUUCAAAUUGUGCAUUACGUUCGGCAUUUAGAACACGGAAAAAAGAGUUACAAAAGAAACAGGGUUUGGAUCAAAUAUUGCUUAAAAAAAACGGAUUAAAUAUUGAAUUAGUUAAUGAACAUGAAGAUGAUAUAAAAUUGGCCAAAUUAUUGAUGCAUAAAAGGGAUGUAAAGAAGAAUGGGCACAAUCCUUUGAAACGAUUGAUUACUAUUGUACGAUCUAGAGAUAAACAAAAAAGUUUGUUACAUUCUAUAUCAAGCAAUAAUAUUAAAAAACAAAUAGACAAGACACCUAAAUUUCCCGAUCUUAUCCAACAAGAACCCUCGACAUCAAAAAUGACUUCUAGUACGUUAAAUACAACGUUAGUUACUUAUGAUAGUUCUGAUACAGAUAAUGAUUCAUAA